CAUGUCAUGUGAUUUUUAAUCAGGAGUUAUCUAACUUGUGAUUAUGAAUUGGUGAAAAAUUAUUCUUUCUUCUCUGAUUGCAGCUUACUACAUUUUUCAUAAAAAUCUAGAAGAAACCGACAUUUUGCAAGAUGAAAUUAAUCCUUUUGUGUUGCGUCUUAUUGUGUUCUUUCGAGAUUUUUCUAGCGGAGAGGUUGUUUAGAAUCCCUCUUACUCGUAUACAGUCUGUACGACAGCACUUUCAUGAAGUUGGAACCCCUAUUAAAGUAGCUGCGCCUCGGAGCCAUCUAUUAGGCAGUGGACCAUUUCCAGAGCCUUUAUCAAAUUAUUUAGAUGCCCAAUACUAUGGACCUAUUGGCAUUGGAACUCCACCUCAAACUUUCAAAGUUGUGUUCGACACAGGUUCAUCAAAUCUUUGGGUGCCUUCUAAGAAAUGCAAAUGGACUAAUAUUGCCUGCUUGCUUCACAGCAAAUAUGACAGCUCACAGUCAAGUACCUACAAAGCUAAUGGAACCUCCCUUGAAAUCCGGUACGGAAGUGGAAGUAUGACUGGUUUCCUCAGUACAGAUGUGGUUACAAUUGGUGAUUCAAAAAUUAUAGACCAGACGUUUGGUGAAGCUGUGACUGAACCUGGUUUGGCUUUUGUUGCGGCAAAAUUUGAUGGUAUCUUAGGAUUAGGAUUCAGUGCUAUUGCUGUAGAUGGAGUGGUUCCUGUAUUUGACAAUAUGGUCAAACAGAAACUGGUUGAGAAACCUGUUUUCUCAUUCUAUUUGAAUCGUAAUCCCAAUUCUAGUGUGGGUGGAGAAAUCAUUUUUGGAGGUAGUGAUCCAGAUCAUUAUAAGGGUAACUUCACCUACGUUCCUGUUGACAGAAGAGGUUACUGGCAAUUUCCCAUGGAUGGCAUAUCUGUCAAUGGAAAAUCUGGUGUCUAUUGUGCUGGUGGGUGUGAAGCCAUUGCUGAUACUGGCACUUCUCUUAUUGCUGGGCCAGUUGCUGAAAUUGAGAAGCUCAACAAAGAAAUUGGAGCUACUCCUCUGGCAAUGGGAGAGUAUAUGGUAGAUUGUGACCUUAUUCCAAAGUUGCCCAAGAUCUCUCUAGUGUUUGGGGGUAGAACUUUUGACCUCAAAGGAUCUGAUUAUGUUCUUCAGGUAUCACAAUUGGGACGUACAGUCUGUCUUAGUGGAUUCUUGGGCCUAGAUGUUCCUAAACCGAUGGGUCCUUUGUGGAUCUUAGGUGAUGUAUUUAUUGGGAGAUAUUAUACAGAAUUCGAUUAUGGCAACAGCCGUGUUGGAUUCACUGAAGCUACUUAACUUUAUUUUAUGUCACUCCUGGUUGUCUUAUAAGUUCUUGUUUACAUUUUUAUGAAAACAAUUAUAUUGUGAAAGGUUUACAUUUUUCCAUCUUAAACAUUUAUGUGAACAUUGUGUUCUGUUGUGACAAUAUAUUAGAAAUGCUAAUUUUAAGCAGCAUUUAUUUUAUGUAAAAAACCAAAGCACUAUUUUGUGUAGCUCUCUAGGAAUAAAUAAAACUUGUUUUUACUUA